AUGCCCCUCGAUGGACAUGCAUAUCUAGUAUCGCAAGGCUGGUCCGGGAAGGGGACUGGUCUGCGGCACGGAGCGAUCACUCGCCCCGUUACCGUUUCGCAGAAGAGGACGCUCGCAGGCGUUGGCAAGGAUCGCGACGAGGCGUUCCCCUUCUGGGACCAUGUCUUCCAAGCAGCUGCUGUGAACAUACAGGUCAAGCUGCACAAAGACGACGAUGACUCCGAUAGUGAGGUUGCCUCUGAACCCACUGUUGAGCUGCAGCGCACGAGCACUGGCAUCAUAUCCCAUCGCAGACCAAAGACGGGCACUCCCGCCCUCUCCGGGACAAACACCCCGACCACCCAGGCUAGCAGCAGCGGCAGCAGCACACCACGUCUGAGCGUGAUGGCCCUCGCCAAGCAAGAAGCCGCAAGGCGCAUGCUUUAUGCCAGCUUCUUCCGAGGUCCUACUAUUGGGCCCGACAUCGACGAAUCUAAACUUCAAAAUAUCGUUCUGGAAACAUCAGAAACUGCGCAGGUAGUGGAGAUCACCAGUACAUCGAUGAUGGUAGAGAAGAAGUCAAAGAAGAGGAAAACGGGUGAGAGUGCUGCACGGUCUAACAAGAAGGAGGAGAAGAGCAGGAAGAGAUGCGAGGAAGAUGACGGAGACGAGGAGAAACAGGCAAGAAAGAGGCGGAAACGAGAGUCGAAGAAGCAGCGCGGUGACGAGGAGGCAGAAGAGGCGGAGCUUGUGGUCCCGGAUCAAGAAGGCAAACUGCUCCUCGAGAAGGCCGAGAGCAAGAAGCGGAAGGAGGAGGGACGAGAAAAGAGGGAGGAACAGCGCAGAUUGAAGGGCGAAGCUAAAAAGGCGGACGCAAAUGACGUAGACAGGAAGAAGCGGAAGGAAGAGAAGAAGGAGGAACGGCGCAGAGUCAAAAGCAAGGCAAAGGAAGAAAGGCAAGCCGCACAUGAGGUGGAAGAGGGAACCGCGGAAGACAGCGAACAGUCGUGUCGAGAAGCAGUCAUAAUCCCUCCCAAGCUCGCGACGGGCGAUAUACAAGUCAAGCGGAAGAAAAAGGAAGCGUCGAGGGAUGAUGGUAAGUCCGAGAAAAAGGCGAAGAAACGGAAGGAUGCCAGUUCAUGA